AGAGUAAAAUACUUAAGUUUCUAGGGUUCAUGUGGAAUCCUCUAUCAUGGGUUAUGGAAGCAGCAGCACUAAUGGCUAUCUGCAUUCCACGUGGAAAGCACAAGCAAGUGGAUUACCAUGAUUUUGCUGGCAUCAUAAUGCUCCUUAUAAUCAAUUCAACCAUAAGUUUCAUUGAGGAAAAUAAUGCCGGGAAUGCAGCUGCUGCCCUUAUGGCUCGGUUGGCUCCAAAAGCAAAGGUUUUGCGUGAUGAGAAAUGGAGUGAGGAAGAUGCAUCCAUCUUGGUUCCCGGGGAUAUUAUUAGCAUCAAACUAGGAGACAUUAUCCCUGCUGAUGCACGUCUCCUUGAAGGUGAUCCUUUGAAAAUUGAUCAGUCUGCUCUUACGGGAGAGUCCCUCCCUGUAACAAAACAUCCCGGGGACGGUAUAUUCUCAGGUUCAACAUGCAAGCAAGGUGAAAUUGAAGCAGUAGUUAUUGCAACUGGAGUACAUACUUUCUUUGGGAAGGCAGCUCAUCUUGUGGAAACCACUACACAUGUUGGACACUUUCAGCAGGUCUUGACUUCAAUUGGCAACUUUUGCAUUUGCUCAAUUGCCACUGGAAUGGUAAUUCAAAUAAUCGUAGUUUGUGCUCAGAAGAGGAAAUUUAGUGAAGCUGUUGAAAACCUUCUUGUUCUACUCAUUGGUGGAAUCCCCAUUGCAAUGCCAACAGUUCUUUCUGUUACAAUGGCCAUUGGUUCCCAUCGCUUAUCCCAACAGGGUGCCAUAACAAAAAGAAUGACGGCAAUUGAGGAAAUGGCUGGGAUGGAUGUAUUAUGCAGUGAUAAAACAGGCACAUUAACUCUCAACAAACUUACAGUGGACAAAAAUAUGAUAGAGAUUUUUGCAAAAGGUGUUGAUAAGGACAUGGUUGUCUUAAUGGCUGCAAGAGCCUCAAGGCUGGAAAACCAAGAUGCUAUUGACACAGCAAUCGUUUCUAUGUUAGCUGAUCCUAAGGAGGCACGGUCUGGAAUUACAGAAGUUCACUUCCUUCCCUUCAAUCCAACUGAUAAGAGAACGGCACUUACAUACUUGGAUAGUCAGGGUAAAAUGCAGAGAGUGAGCAAAGGUGCACCAGAGCAGAUUCUCAAUCUAGCAUCGAACAAAUCAGAAAUUGCGAAGAAGGUGCAUUCUGCAAUAGAUAAAUUUGCUGAACGUGGACUUCGAUCCCUUGCAGUGUCUCGCCAGGAAGUGCCUGCCGGUACCAAAGACAGCCCUGGUGGACCAUGGGAAUUUGUUGGUCUACUCCCUCUUUUUGAUCCACCUAGACAUGACAGUGCUGAAACAAUCCGAAGAGCUCUUGAUCUAGGUGUGAGUGUUAAGAUGAUUACAGGCGACCAACUGGCAAUUGCAAAGGAAACAGGGAGACGGCUGGGGAUGGGUACAAACAUGUACCCUUCAUCAUCGUUACUGGGUGAUCAUAAGGACGAGUCUGCUGCAGCUCUACCACUCGAGGAACUCAUUGAGAAAGCUGAUGGUUUUGCUGGGGUCUUUCCUGAGCACAAGUUUGAGAUCGUGAAGAUAUUGCAAGGUAGAAAGCACAUAUGUGGAAUGACAGGUGAUGGAGUCAAUGAUGCACCUGCAUUAAAGAAGGCAGACAUUGGAAUUGCCGUGGCAGAUGCAACUGAUGCUGCUCGAAGUGCCUCUGAUAUCGUUCUGACUGAGCCAGGGCUGAGUGUAAUCAUUAGUGCUGUUUUAACAAGCCGUGCCAUCUUCCAAAGAAUGAAGAACUACACAAUAUAUGCAGUAUCUAUCACUAUACGUAUUGUGCUGGGUUUUCUUUUGCUGUCUGCCUUUUGGAAGUUCAACUUCCCACCUUUGAUGGUUCUUGUGAUAGCCAUACUUAAUGAUGGUACAAUCAUGACAAUAUCCAAAGACAGGGUCAAGCCAUCUCCACUUCCAGACAGUUGGAAGCUCAGUGAAAUUUUUGCUACUGGGAUCGUCUUAGGAAGUUACCUCGCCAUUAUGACUGUCAUAUUUUUCUACGCAAUUUACAAAACCAGUUUCUUUGCAGAUCAUUUCCAUGUAGCAGAUUUGAAUAAGUCCACAUAUGAUCUCUCAGAAGAUUCAACUGUCAAAGAACUCAACGCAAAACUAGCAUCAGCUGUGUACCUUCAGGUUAGCACCAUCAGUCAGGCCUUAAUAUUUGUCACACGCUCCAGGGGAUGGUCCUUUACAGAAAGGCCUGGACUUCUUCUUGUUGCUGCCUUCAUCAUUGCUCAACUGGUUGCCACUUUAAUAUCGGCUGUGGUAACAUGGGAUACUGCUAAGAUAGCCAGGAUUGGCUGGGGUUGGACUGGUGUUAUCUGGCUAUACAAUAUUGUAACUUACAUACUGCUUGAUCCCAUCAAGUUUGGGGUUCGUUAUGCACUAAGUGGGAAAGCCUGGAAUCUGAUGCUAAACCAGAAGACGGCUUUCACCAACCGAAAGGACUUUGGCAAGGAAGCACGUGAGGCAGCAUGGGCAACUGAACAGCGGACCCUUCACGGUCUUCAGUCAACAGAAGCCAAGACGGUUGUCGAGCGACACACUUUCCGAGACAUCAGUAUCAUGGCUGAGGAAGCUAAGAGGCGUGCAGAACUCGCAAGAUUAAGGGAGCUCCAUACUCUGAAAGGCAAGGUCGAGUCUUUUGCGAAGCUAAGGGGGCUAGAUAUUGAUGUCAACCCGCACUACACCGUCUGACCUUUGUUCCGGCUUCAGAUUCCCCUCUCUGUCGCUCUGUCUUUGUUACUACAUGCAUGUAGCUCCAUCUGUCCCCCAUUAUUUGCAUAUCCAUCAUUCUUACUAUUCCGCCAUGAACUAUCAAUAAAAGCCUUGAUGUUUUCAUUUCUGAUGAUGCCAACAAGAAGAGUUUACUCAAAUUUUUUAGGCUCCUCUUUUCAAAAUUGUUAUAGCUUGCUUACUCACAGGUUGAUAUGAUGGAACUCAUUUUGAGCACAGCUUGAUCUUCUGUUAUCUUUCUCGCUAUGGUGUGAUGUCUAUGGCUUGUAUUUGUUCAGAUUGAUGAAUCAUAAGGUCUUGUUUUGGAUUCU